AUGUCUUCACCUUCUUCCAUUUCUUCAUCUUCUUCGUCUACGUGGUAUUCUUCAUCUUCGGAAGAGAAUGACGCAUUUUUCGAAAACAUGAUUAUGUACGCGGCUCAGAUCUUCAUGGCGGAUGAUGAAGCGUCGUCUCAACGGCUAACUAGACGAGCAAAAUUAAACCGAGACAAAGAAGCCGCCCACGAUAAACUAGUGGCCGAUUAUUUUGCCGACGAAGCCGUAUACACAGACGAGAUGUUUCGACGUCGGUUCCGAAUAAGUCGUCGACUUUUUUUACGUAUCGCAGACGACAUGGCCCAGUCUGAUCCGUUUUUUACACUGCGAUACGACGAUAGGGGGCAAAGGGGUUUCACUAAUUUACAAAAAUGUACGCUUGAUGGCAGUUACGGAAGCAGUGGUGGCGGAGGUGGAUCUUACGGCGGAAACUAUGGCGGAGGUGGAGGUUAUGGUGGAGGUGGCGGCGGCGGUGGUGGAAGAUGGUGGUGGAUACGGAUGAAGUGGUGGCGGUUACUGAAGUAG